UGUUGAUCAUCGUCCAUUAAGAACUGUGGUAAUUUUUACUUUCGAUCGUAAGGAUGUGAGAAUCGUUCUAAAUUAUCCUCAUUAUAUCACACGCUCCUUGGCAAGGACGCGGCGUAGUUAUUGUUUUCAGUGCUACCUUGACCUUUUGCCAUCAAACUCAGCGCACUCAUAAUGAUCCGAAUUACAUCGAGCCAUAUGUUUUCCGCGAGUUGCGCGCUUCGCGCAUCCUCUACGAAGGCAGCCAAAGUGCUCAACAAACUGAUGAACGGGACCAAUAAGGUGAAAAGAAAACACUACUACGACGAAACCAGUGACCGUGGCCCGAAGCUGAUGUCGGUUUCAACCGUUGCCAGCACAAAACGGCAGGGAAAGGAAUCGAACCGACGUGUGACGGUUCUGAACAAAUUGUUCAUGAAAAACAUCACCGAUCUGAUGGCGACCGGAUCAUUUGCCGGCGACCUGUACGGUUACGGUCUACAAGUUUCGCACGUUCGUGUAGCACCGGAUUUCCGGGAGGCCAGCAUCUACUGGUUUUCGACGAGCCUCAACAGGGAUGUAAAACUCGAAAACAUUCUCAAACCCCUGUCGUCACGAUUACGCCACGAGCUGUCUCAGCUGCGUUUGAUGGGAGAGGUGCCCCACCUCAAGUUCGUGCAGGACAAGCGCCAUUAUGUCGAAACCGUGUUAAACUCUCUACUAAAGGAGGCGGAUUUUGGCGACACCGAGGCAGAAGAAAAUGAUCACCUAACAUCGCAGGACGAUGAUGCCACCGGGCAACGGGAUGCAGAAGAACGCUUAUGCGAGCCGGAGAUGAGGCACGAUAUUUUGGGAUUGGAUCAUCUCCAAAUUAUGGGUCGCAUACGGCAAGCGGUAGACAAAAGCAACAAAGCGUGGCAGACACACGAGGAAGCGCAACGCAAACUCAACGACCAACUAUCGCAGAGGCAUCAGAAAGACGGCAUCGUGAAGAUGGAUGUAUAAUUUACGGCGGCCAGCGUCUACCACGAACCUUUUUUUCGUCUAGUGAUACUAGUGAAUGUUUUUUAUGUCUUAAAUAAAGAAAAUUUAUUCUUUAGCUACUAUUA